AUGGCCUCAUCCAGUAAAGAAGACGGAUCCAAAGUCCAGUAUGUGGCAGAGGGCACUCCCUUGGAGGACAUUAUCGGCUUCAUGAAGCGCGACGGGGUCGUUAUUGUGCGGCAGCUCGUGUCCCCAGCCGACAUUGAUCAAGCAUACGAAGAAAUUCGGCCUUGCCUUGAGCAACGGCCACGGUGGAACGGCUCAUUUUUUCCAAAGGAAACCCAGCGGACUCCGAACUUGAUCGCCAUUAGCCCAACAUACACGCGGACGCAGAUGAUGAACCCCCUGUUCCAUCAGCUGUGCAACCAUUUCCUGACUACGCGCAGCUGGAACUGGUGGGGCGAUGAAUGGUCCGAGACUGUGUCGCGGCCGUACAUCUCGGCGACCUCGGCUCUUAGGGUUGGGCCUGGUGCGAAGGCUCAGCCGCUACAUCGCGAUGACUAUGUCAGCCACAAUUACAUCGUCGAGUCCCCUAUGUUUAACUACCGCCAGCAGGUUUCCAUCACGAUGAUUGUCGCUGGCUGCAAGGUGACCAAGGAGAAUGGAGGGACGCAGUUCAUUCCAGGGAGCCAUCUAUGGCAUGUCCCCACUAACUACCUAGGUCCAGAGCAAUUUGUUGACAUGUUCGACAGACCUAACCCACCCAAAGUGACCGACUGCACCUAUGCGUCUAUGGAAAAAGGCGAUGCACUAGUUUUAUUUUCGUCCUUGUACCAUGGAGGGGGCCAUAACACAACCACGGACGAGCAUCGCCUUGUGUUCACUACUUGCGCCAUCCGGGGCUACUUCCGGCAGGAAGAAAAUCAGUAUCUGGCGGUGCCAAUGCAGCGUGUGCGUGAGUAUGACCGCGAUACCCAGAAGUUCAUCGGGUAUUCCAUGAGCGAACCAGCGUGUGGCCAUGCUGAUGAGAUGGAUCCAAUCUACCUUGUGCACCCUGAGGAGUUGGAGACAGCAGAGCCGAUUCAAUUUUGA